AUGCUUCGAAAGGCUUCUUUCAGCGCUCUCAGCCUCUUGCUGCUACAAUUUGCGAAUGGAAACGAAAACGAAAACGCAGAGCGGACACAACCCGACCUCAAGUAUGCCGAAGAUCGAGCGUAUAUGGUCUUCAACGAAAUUCAUUCCGCCGGCCGACUAUGGGGGUCAUCUCUGUAUCACAAUGGGUUCGGGUUCUUUCCAGCUACAGUACCUGCGGGUACUAUGCUCUACCAUGGUUCCCAAUACAACGUAACACCGUCAGGGCUGGAGUGGUUGGCUUUCGACAUAGAACAUUCCGAAAACUUUGCGCGCUCAUUCAGACUGAAGCCAGGGGAGGGGCCUCCUCCAUCAGUCCCGCUACCAGAUGGGGAUAAACCUGAGCAUGAUGAUGGCCUACUCUCAGAAGGUAGUCUUCGUGAGGAAUUACGACGUCGCAGUGAGCGAUCCACAAGGGAAAACCUCCCUGUUCGAUACAACAACAAAGACGAGGAUGUGAACAUUCGUGGCUACCUACAUCUGUAUCAGACAACCCGUGAUCUCAACCUUCUCUUGAUUGACGGAAUGAGCGCCGGCAAGACACACAUGGGCACGCUAGACUCCCAGGAUCUCGUGCUCCGCGCGAACAAAGAUGCCAGUGAAAAGAUGGGCGAAAGGAGUCGAGCUCGUGAACUUUGCGAACUGGCAGCUAAAUGGGGCUUGGAUGGGUUUGUGAGAAUGGAGAUUGGUGUCGAAGUCAUCAAAUGUGACUUCAGCAAAGACUUGGACCUGGUUAACAUAAUGCGCACGGAAGUCCGUAAUGACAUAAUGGAAGACAAAGGCAUGGACGCAUUCCAGUGGAUAAGGGCUGUUGCAGAACGGUAUGAUGGUAUCGGAGCUGACCGACUACGGAUCGACUUUUCCUCCAUGGUGUCUGGCCUCUUCUUUCCCAUCAACAUCUCAAACACCAACCCGAAGCGACCGGAUCUCAAAAGGCUUGGCGCAGCAACACUGAAAGAGCUUAAAGAUAUCAAGGUAUACCUGAAGGGUGUGCUGAGUCAACCUCGAAGAUACACCGUGAAUUGGCAAGGCGUGGUUGAUCUCAUCGUGAGCAGGUACAGCAAGAGGAUUGCGCUCAUGGCAUACAAGCGGCUGCAAUCUCACUACUUCAUCAACGAAGUUGAAGGUGCUACAAUGACCUGGGUACAUUAUCUCAGACCAGCCUUGCUAGUCAAGGAGAAAUGGAGUAUGGAGGACAGAUUGAUAUACGCAUCUCUUGAGACAGUUCUGGGCACGAUUUGUAACACGCUGUAUUCUGUUCGCCGUUAUAUACUACAAGCGUCAGAGAGAGAUGGCGAGCAUAACGCGGAACUGGAAAAGGCGGUUCGGCAUGGUCGAGUUGCGAUGCAAGAAUUGAUGGAUGAGCUGGCAUGGACAACCUGGAGGAAGCCCCAGGCUUGCGCACCAGACGAGUUGCCAGUGAUUGCUAUGUGGCCGUUUGGAACCAAGGAGGAUCAUUGGGAUCCUGGAUGUCGGUCGAUCGAUACUAUCCAGCACCCUAAUGGGACAUACUGGGACGUGCUGGGACUGUUCAACUAA